AUUCGUUAGUCCCCAAAAAGUAAAGAGCAAGUCACCCCUUACCAGAGUCUUAAUCCACUCCCACUUCCUGUUUGAAAAAUGCAACACAUGAUGUUGCUUGGCGGACCAAGAGCGCAAAGCCGCUAACAAAUACACACACAGGCUCGCAACAACAUUGUGACAUCAUAUGGUACCAGCUCACGUCAUAGGGUACCUCUUAGCCAAUAGCGAUGGCAGAUUUAAAUUCUGCCAUCGCAUUGUGGGGCGUCGGUGGCACAGGAGUUAAGUGCUCACUCCAUAAUUGAAAGGUUGCAGGUUCGAGCCCCGCUCAGACUGUCGCUGUCGUUGUGUCCUCCUUGGGCAAGACACUUAACCCACAUUGCCUGUUGGUGGUGGUCAGAGUGACCGGUGGCGCCAGUGCUCGGCAGCCUCGCCCCUGUCAGUGCGCCCCAGGGCAGCUGUGGCUACAUCGUAGCUCAUCCCCACCAGUGUGUGAAUGUGUGUGUGAAUGGGUGAAUGACUGAUUGUGUUGUAAAGCGCCUUGAGGGGUUCCAGGACUCUAGAAGGCGCUAUAUCAUACAGGCAAUUUACCAUUUAACUAAAUCAAAUGCAGUGCAGACUUUUUACCAGAAGAGAGCGCAACACUGACAGUUUUAGGCAGAACAUUUUAACUAAAAUGCACUAAAGUGCCAAAAUGUUGGCUACGUGUGUACAUCAUGAUUAGAUACUCAUUAUUAUAGUUUUUCUGCAAAAAAAAUUUUGGGGGGUGAUGACAGAUGUGAGUCAUAAAGAAUCAGCAUCAGAAACCACGUUUAAUGUUUAUUUUGAUCAAUAUAAAUAAUAUUUCUGUUUUUGUCUCUUGGUAACAAUUGCAGCACUAAAAUCAGAUCAACUCUCAUCCUGAUCUCAGCUUUUAAAAACCACUGAUCUCAGGGCAGUUUUAGAGUCAACAUCAUCAAAACCCGUUUUUGGUGUCUCUUGGUAAGUCUAUUUUCCUGACAACCACACAAGCGUGAUUUAUGAUUGUCUGACACUUUCAAAUCUUCUCUGAUUCUCCAGCUGCAGUGUUUCCAACAGACUUCCUUGUGUUUGCGCGCCAUCUAGUGAUCACUUACUGAAAAUAACACUUCACCUUCUUUUGAAGAAAUAUUUACCAGAGGCCAUUUUGAACCAGCGGUGUUACCGUGCUCGUGUCUGACUGGUGAAAUAAACACACGAACAAUCUGGGAUUUGUCAGAACUAACCAGUAAGCACCUGCGCAUCGCAGCAGGCAGGAAUCUGGGCAGCAGGGAUCCACGGCAGAUGAGGGCAUUUCCUGUCCAGGAAUCACCGUGACCCCGACGGAAAGGAGUUCGACUUGACAGGAUGGGGGGUGUCAGUGAGGGAGAUGAUGUGUUGGCUCGUUGGAGUGAUGGACUACUGUACCUUGGCAAUGUAAAACGGGUAGACGGAGUCAAGCAGUGUUGUCUGGUGAGAUUUGAGGACAACUCUGAGUUCUGGGUUCUGAGGAAGGACAUUCACUCGUUCUCUGCCGGGGUGGAAGAAGUUUGCUGUAUCUGCGACGCUCCGCCUCUUAAAGAGCCCCUCAUAAAUUGUCUUAAAUGUCGCCACGGUUAUCAUCCGGAGUGUCACACACCGACUAUCGAACUGGAAGCAGACAGCGAUUCGUGGAUUUGUCGUCAAUGUGUCUUUGCAGUCGCAACCAAGAGAGGCGGAGCUCUGAAGCGAGGACGCUUCGCCCGACUCAUGCAGUUCAUGAAACUCCGUCUCCCCUACCAGCUGUCGUCUUUAGACUGGGACCCGCAGCAUCUGACCAACCAACAGCAGUGUUACUGCUACUGCGCCGGACCUGGAGAGUGGAACCUGAAGAUGCUGCAGUGUGGAAGCUGUGGUCAGUGGUUUCACGAGGCCUGCACACAGUGUCUAAUGAAGCCUUUGCUUUACGGGGACAGGUUUUACCAGUUCCAGUGUUCAGUUUGUACAAAGGGACCUGAGACGAUCCUGAGACUACCCAUGACCUGGGUGGAUUUGGCUCAUUUAGUGCUCUACCAUCUCUCUCUGUGCUGUAAGAGGAAAUACUUUGAUUUUGACCAUGAAAUCCUGUCCUUCACCAACGAGAAUUGGGACUCGUUGCUCCUGGGCGCGCUCUCAGACACGCCAAGGCAGGACCGCUGUCACAAUCUGCUUGGCGCACUCAACUCCAACAAGGACAGGUUCGUCUCUGGAAAAGAGAUCAAGAAGAAGAAGUGUCUCUUUGGGCUGCAGGUUCGAGCCCCGCCUCCGCUGAUGUCUGAUUCAUCGCCUCUUAUCACUGAUCCACCAGUCAGCAUCACCCACCGGAGAAGCCCAUUGUCACUACCCUGCCAGAGAAGAGUUGGAGGGCCGGAGUCUCGUAAAUCAAAGCGUCGCAUCAUGGAGACACAGACCUGUCAACCCCCGGUUACUGCCAACCCUGUUGAGCUGCUGCCAUGUUGCCAUGGCUACAUGGGAGGAGCCAACCUUUACAACUCCAGGAAGUCGGAGGAGGAGCUUAACAUGUGCCCUCCUCCCAAACGAAUGUAUGCCUUCUACCACAGCACUUACAAUGGAAACACUACUGCAUUUCCCAGGAAUCUUCAUCACUACAACAGCACGGCAGACACCUGCAGACUUACACCAGCGUGCUUCCCUUAUUCCUUUGACUCCAGUGGAAACCAUCACCACCAUCUCUACCAGCACCACCACCACCAGCACCAGCCAGGCCAGAAGCAGCUGGAGCCCCUCGUCCUGCGUGACGUCCCUCCCUAUCAGGCCGGUGUGGGCGCGGGGGGAGGUGUUGGAGCAGGAGGCAGAGCAGGGAUGGGGAUGGGAGGGGGUGAUGGGACUGUAGCCAGGAGCUGGGGAGGCGGGGAGGCGGUGAGGAUCCUGGCGAGGCGUGUCACACCAGAUGGGAAAGUGCAGUACCUGGUAGAGUGGGACAACGUGAGUUUGUACUGAAGCAGGAGGCACAGUGACUGUUGUGUAUUUAAUACGUGUUCAAAAAAAAAAAAAAGAAGCGUCCGUGUUCCAGAUCCAGGUCCUCCUCAGUUCCACGCUCUAACCUCACUACUCGUGACUAAAUGUGGUGUCCCUCUGAUAUUUGUACUGUUCCCUUUGGAAGAUGCCUUUUACAGUGACACUAUUUUAGCCUGCUGAUGGUUUGUUUAAAGUCGGAGACGCAUCAUAGAACAAAACGUUGCUCAACAUUAGAGAAGAAAACUCGUCUUUUUCCUUUUGCAUCAGAAAUGUUGCUUAUUUUCCUGCUUUGCCAUAAAUAUCCUAGAAAGAAGAAUGUUUCUGUUAGAUUCAGCAGGACACUUGGACUGAGUGGAAAAUGAGAAUAAAACUAAAUCCUGUGGAAGUUUUAUGAUGACAUGAGUUUAUUCCAGGAAGAACGAAUCCAAACUGUUUUUGACACCACGUCUUCAGCUCUUUUGUUCUUGCAUUUAAAACAAAAGUCAAAACACUUUGUAAAUGUUGAUAUUUACUCCUCUGAUAUGUAAAGGAUGUU